AUGGAGAUUCCCCAAGACAAGAUUGUUAAAAAGGGGUCUUUUAAGAAGAAGAUUGACAAGCUGAGGAGAUGGAGCACCUCAUCAGGUGGCAGCUUUAAAAGGCCACCAAAAACCAAGACCCUCAGCCUAAACUUGUCUCAUGAACCUGAUGAAGAGCCCCUCAGAGGCGAGACAGAGCGUAGAAAACUCAGACCCAUUGUGGCAUCUGUCUUUGGUCAGUGGUUCCACGCAAAGGGAGUCCCACCCAUGGAGGGCAGCGGGGCGCCACUGGGCACUGCCAUGUUAGGGGGCAGUGGUGACGCAGCAGCUGAGGAUGAUGAUGACGAAGAGUUGGGGGAAAAGCGUCCGUUUGAUGAGCCGAUAUGUACUUUGGUUCAGAACUGUACCGUUUUGCAUAACAUCGUGGGCCCUGCCUGCAUCUUUCUCCGACAGAGCUUCGCUCAGGCUCAACUAGACAGAGAUCUACGGCCAGAGGAAAUUGAAGAGCUUAAGGAAGCCUUCAGAGAGUUUGACAAAGAUAAGGAUGGCUUCAUUAGCUGUAAGGAUCUGGGCGAGUGUAUGAGGACGAUGGGAUACAUGCCCACGGAGAUGGAGCUGAUUGAACUAAGCCAGCAGAUCUGUGGCGGCAGAGUCGACUUUGAGGACUUUGUAGACCUGAUGGGGCCAAAGAUGUUGGCUGAAACAGCAGACAUGAUUGGGGUGAAAGAAUUGAGAGAUGCUUUUAGAGAGUUUGACUCUAAUGGCGAUGGUCAGAUCAGUCUGGCUGAACUGAGAGAAGCUAUGAAAAAGCUAAUGGGAGAGCAGCUUAACCACAGAGAGAUUGAUGAAAUCCUCAGGGAUGUUGACCUCAAUGGAGAUGGGCAGGUUGACUUUGAAGAGUUUGUACGAAUGAUGUCACGCUAACUUCCAGAGCAUAGAGACAGAGCGCAGCGCGUCAUAACCUGAAAACCACGCCCACCGGGGGGGAAACAAUCCAACCGUCUCCAUUGACUAUUGCGAGAGGCUGCCUCCUUGUCAUUUCUGGCUUAUAACAAAAACAGAAUAAUGCCUAAAAGCUGCUGUGUGACAAUAUGUACAGCUAACAAGCCAAAGAACCCAGAAAUAAGUUUUUAUAAGCUGUCGACCUCAAAAAACGAGCGUUUAAAGACACAAAAGUGGAAAACAGGCAACUUUUCAUAGUACAUAGUACUUUCAUAGUAGAACUGCGUCCUCUAGAGGGAAAUGUAGUCGGCGAUUCACUUUUUUCUCCUUAAAGGUUGGGUUUUACUGCUCGACAGCUUAUAAAAACUUAUUUCUGGGUUCUUUGGCUUGUUAGCCGUACAUAUUGUCACUCUCGCUAUACAAAGUCAAUGGAGACGGUUGUUUCCCCCCGGUGGGCGUGGUUUUCAAAUUUGCAUAACUGCGCUCUGUCUCUAUGCAAAAAAGAAGAGUGAGAAAUGAAAUGUGAUGCAGGUCCUCUCAACAACCACCUUGUAAUUACUAUACUGUAAGUGUAAUUAUUUAAACCAUAGUGCUUCUCCAUUCAAAACCCAUUCUUCUUAUGCCUACACAGUAAAAAGUGAAAAGUUGGAACAACUUAAAAUAAUACUUCAAUUGGUAACAACUUAAAAUUUCACUUUAGUUUCAUUUUAGGUGAAGUAAAAAACAAAGUUUUUUUUAAUUGUAAUUAAUUAAAGUAAUAGCUAUGGUUCAUCCAACUUUUCACUUUUAAGAGUGUAUGACAGAGAAAGAAACUGCUCCAUGUAUGUAUUAUUAAUUCAUCUUUUAUGACCUACAAUAAAAGUCAAAUCAGACUGUAGAGCAAAACAAAUCAAUAUGGAUUGUCUAAACGAAAAAUCCAUUUUUCUACAUCUGGUCAAAGUCGUAAGGGUUGCACACCGAAGCCAACAUCACACAUUUUCACUCAAAUCUUCACAGGGGAAUAAAUAAGUCUUAAUCAGCAUGUUUA